AGGAGUGAAUUGUAACUGCAGAAGCAACAAGUGGUCCAUUAAAGAUGCACUUGGGGCUGGAUAAAGUGAAGAGUGAAACUGGAGAAAGUAAUGAAGUAAGGAAAAGAUUUAUAGGGAAAACCUGCUUUCUGCAAACAACUGAAAGAGCUGCCCUUAGAAACUCUUUUCUUUGGCCCUCAUGGAGUAGCUAGAACUUGUAUUCUGAGGCCAUUGGUGGGACAAGCUCUUGCCUGCUGAUCACCCAGAAAAACUGUCACCAUGGCCAGCAAGAGGAAAUCCACCACUCCGUGCAUGAUCCCAGUGAAGACUGUGGUGCUGCAGGAUUCCAGUGCAGAGGCCCAGUCUGCUCAGGUCUUGCCAGAAGGGCCCCAGCAGGAUCUGCCCCCAGAGGCGCCUGCCACUAGCAGCGAGGCCACCCAGAACUCCAGCAGUACUGAUGGCUCUGCAUUGGCCAACGGGCAUCAGAGCACUUUGGAUGGCUAUUUAUAUUCCUGUAAAUACUGUGAUUUCAGAUCACAGGAUGUGACCCAAUUUGUAGGACAUAUGAACUCAGAGCACACAGACUUUAAUAAAGACCCAACUUUUGUAUGCACUGGGUGCCCUUUUCUGGCAAAAAACCCUGAAGGGCUUUCCUUGCACAAUGCCAAGUGUCACUCAGGGGAAGCCAGCUUUGUGUGGAAUGUGGCCAAGCCAGACAAUCAUGUAGUCGUGGAGCAGAGCGUCCCUGAGAGCACUAGCACUCCUGACCUAGUAGGAGAGCCCAACACUGAAGGGACUGAUGGACAGGCUGAAAUCAUCAUUACCAAAACUCCAAUCAUGAAGAUAAUGAAAGGCAAAGCUGAAGCCAAAAAAAUUCAUAUGCUCAAGGAGAACGUCCCCAGCCAGCCUGUGGGUGAGGCCUUACCAAAGCUGGCAGCUGGAGAGGUGGAGGUGAAGGAGGGGGACAACUCCUUUGUCAACGGGGCAGUUCCAGUCAUCCAGGCAUCUACAAGCUCCAUAAAACCCCCCCAUGCCACCAACGGGCCCCUGAUAGGAACAGUGCCAGUCUUGCCAGCUGGUAUAGCACAGUUCCUCUCCCUCCAGCAGCAACCCCCGGUACAUGACCAGCACCACACCCACCAGCCACUGCCCACAUCCAAGGCCCUUCCCAAAGUAAUGAUCCCCCUGAGCAGCAUUCCAACCUACAAUGCAGCCAUGGACUCCAACAGCUUCCUGAAGAACUCCUUCCACAAGUUUCCCUACCCCACCAAAGCUGAGCUCUGCUAUUUGACUGUGGUAACUAAGUAUCCAGAAGAACAGCUCAAGAUCUGGUUCACAGCCCAAAGGCUGAAGCAGGGUAUCAGCUGGUCCCCUGAGGAGAUAGAGGAUGCCCGGAAGAAGAUGUUCAAUACAGUCAUCCAGUCUGUACCUCAGCCCACAAUCACGGUUCUCAAUACGCCCCUGGUUGCCAGUGCUGGCAACGUCCAGCAUCUCAUCCAGGCUGCUCUCCCAGGUCAUGUUGUAGGACAGCCAGAGGGCACUGCAGGGGGACUUCUGGUCACUCAGCCACUGAUGGCCAAUGGGUUGCAAGCACCAAGCUCAUCUCUCCCCCUCACAGUUACAUCUGUCCCCAAGCAGCCAACUGUGGCACCCAUUAACACUGUGUGUUCAAACACAACAUCAGCUGUGAAGGUGGUCAAUGCGGCCCAGUCACUCCUCACGGCAUGCCCCAGCAUAACUUCCCAAGCCUUCCUUGAUGCUAGCAUCUACAAAAAUAAGAAAUCUCACGAACAGCUGUCAGCUCUGAAAGGGAGCUUCUGUCGGAACCAGUUCCCAGGGCAGAGUGAAGUUGAGCAUCUGACCAAAGUGACUGGCCUCAGUACCAGAGAGGUGCGGAAAUGGUUCAGUGACCGGAGAUACCAUUGCCGGAACCUGAAAGGCUCCAGAGGCAUGAUGCCUGGAGAUCCCAGCUCCAUCAUCAUUGACUCUGUGCCAGAGGUGCCCGUCUCCCCAUUGUCCAAGGCCCCUGAAGUGACCUGCAUCCCGGCAGCAGCUACACUAGCAGUGCACCCUUCUGCCAAGCGACAAUCUUGGCACCAGACUCCUGACUUCACACCAACCAAAUACAAGGAGAGAGCACCUGAGCAACUCAGGGUCCUGGAGAGCAGUUUUGCACAAAACCCCCUGCCUCUUGACGAGGAACUGGACCGCCUGAGAAGUGAAACCAAAAUGACCCGAAGAGAAAUUGAUAGUUGGUUUUCAGAGAGACGGAAAAAAGUGAAUGCUGAGGAGACCAAGAAGGCUGAUGGGAAUGUCUCUCAGGAGGAAGAAGAGCCUGCUGAGGGUGAGGGUGGAGAAGAGUGCCCAGCCAUUGAGCUGAGGGUCCCUGGAGAAAAUGGUUCCCCAGAGGGGCCCAGCAGCCACACUUUGGCAGAGCGCAAAGUCAGCCCCAUCAAAAUCAAUCUCAAGAACCUGCGGGUCACUGAAGCCAAUGGCAAGAGUGAGCUUCCAGGGCUGGGUGCCUGUGAACCUGAGGAUGAUGGGCCAAGCAAGCUGGCAGAGCAGCCCCCAGGAAAAGUGAGCUACAAAAAGACGGCCCAGCAGCGGCACUUGCUGCGGCAGCUCUUUGUCCAGACGCAGUGGCCCAGCAACCAGGACUAUGACUCCAUCAUGGCCCAGACAGGCCUGCCGCGACCAGAGGUGGUGCGCUGGUUUGGAGACAGCAGGUACGCCCUGAAGAAUGGCCAGCUGAAGUGGUAUGAAGACUACAAGAGGGGCAACUUCCCACCAGGGCUGUUGGUCAUUGCCCCGGGCAACCGGGAGCUGCUGCAAGACUAUUACCUGACACACAAGAUGCUGUAUGAGGAAGACCUGCAGAACCUCUGCGACAAGACCCAGAUGAGCUCCCAGCAGGUCAAGCAGUGGUUUGCUGAAAAAAUGGGUGAGGAGACCCGGGCCAUGGCAGACACAGGCGGUGAGGACCAGGGCCCUGGUGCUGGUGAGCCUGUGGCAGUUCACAAAGGGAUGGGUGACACCUAUUCAGAGAUGUCUGAGAACAGUGAGUCAUGGGAGCCCAGCGCCCCUGAGGCCAGCUCAGAGCCCUUUGACACUUCGAGUCCCCAGGCCGGACUUCCACUAGGUAAGGAGUACAUGGGAGCCAUGGCUGUCCUCUGUGGGUGAGGAGAGGAUGCACUCCUGAGGGGCACCUGCUAUCUCUGAGGCUGUCUGGCAGCAGGACUAACUGCCUGGCUGCUUCAGGAUGGCUGGCAGCAGAAGCCAUGGGAGCAUAACAUGACAAAGGGUUGAGAGUUGUUUUUUUGUUUGUUUUAUGUUUUUAAAAACCUGUGCAGGGGAAAGAAGAUGGUGAACAUAAAGGGGUCCAAGCUUUUCUAGCCAUUUCUUAGCAAUAGGAGAAUAAGUAAAUAGGUCAAAACAUCAUUUGAAUCAGGCAGAUCCACAACCGGAGAGAGCAAUAGGAUGUUAAAGGAAAUUCAACUGUUCCUUUUGGUGAAAAAAAGGAAAGAGAGCCUUUAAUUGUCCUUAGAUACAUGAAGUACUUUUUUCCAACAUUGAAAAUCCUGUCUUGUGUUUCUGUCAUUCUUUCUUAUAUACUAGAAAUAUUUAUUGUAAUGGAAAAUCACCUUCCCUCUUGGACAUAUACUACAGGAUCAAAAGCUUGAAUUUUGCUCCUCAGUUUCUCUGGAUCAUGGUAUUUUAAUAUCUGAAUGUAAAAUUUAGGAGAUGAUUUUAUCAUUUAAGACACAGUUUUCAAGCCCCAGACAAGUCACAUUACUGGGUGUUGAUUUCUAGGUUCUUGGUCCUUGAGUUCCUAGCCUCUGCCUUUCCUCCCUCACCUUCUAUAUUUGUCUCCUCAUUAGAGGCCCCAUCACAGGGCAGCCAGAAGCUCGGGUGGGAGCCAGGAGGAAGGAGUGUUGCAGCAGCUGAAGGGAUUGUGGUUCCAAAAUGGCAGCCCUUAUAUUUCCUGGAUGUUGUUCCAUUGUUUCCAUAAAAUAGCUGAACAUU